ACCAAGUCAGUGCACUUCGAAUUGCUCCAACACGUUAGAUCUGAGCUACCACUUCUAUUGCUCAGUGAAGCACCUCCAACCCCCCUCUCCCACAUUGCCUUUGAGCAGUGACCAGAUCGGAACCAAUAGCAUGAACUAUUAAAAUUCCGAGUCCCUGACUACCAAACAGGGCUUAAAGAUUAAGCACUGAAAGAAUGAAAGCUUCGACUCUGAAGGCUGAAGCCAUAGUUCACUAUCCCUACGAGAACUUUUGAUAUCAAUAAUAAUUCACAACCAAUUCUUCAAUGGCGGCUCUCUCCGCCCGAUCUUCUCCUCCAUGGCCGAUCCCUGAGACAAAUCCUGCAUCUAACCCUAAUUCGAAUCUCUCCACUGUUCCUCCAGAUGAACUCACCACCAUCUCUGACCAAUCUCAGAUUGCAGUAGAGCCUUUUUCCUCUUUGCAACAAUCAAGAAAUGAAGCUGACAAGCAUGUCGAAGAUGAAGACGGAGUUGGAGAUGAUGAAGGUCCCUUCGGUUUUUCUUCUCUCAACUAUGCUUUCCUUGAUAGUUCUAGUGGAGAUGGAGGUUCAGAAGCUCCUUCCAAUUUCAGUACACCUUCUUCUCCCUAUUCUUUCGUUCAAGACUCUAGUUCCAACCCCUCCUAUGCAUUUCUUGACAGCCCUAGCGGAGGAAAUUCAGAUGCUUCUUCCAAUUUCGAUAUCCCUCCUCCCAUUUACUCUUAUGAUCAAAACCCUAGCAUCAGCCCCACCUAUUCUUUCCCUGAAAACCCUAGCGGAGAUGGAGAUUCGGUAGCUGCUUCCAAUUUCAGUACCCCUUCCCAUUCUUUCGUUGAAAACCCUGGCGCCAAUCCCAAUCUCCAUGAUAAUCUGUCUCCGUCGCUGUCUUCCGUCCCCACGCUUCUUCACCUUUCCUUCAAUCAGGACCAUGGCUGCUUUGCCGCUGGAACAGAUCAUGGAUUCCGGAUCUACAACUGCGAUCCCUUUCGUGAAAUUUUCCGGAGAGACUUCGACUAUGGAGGUGGUAUCGGUGUUGUGGAGAUGCUCUAUAGGUGCAACAUUCUUGCACUUGUAGGGGGUGGACCCGAUCCGCAGUACCCGAUCAAUAAGGUCAUGAUUUGGGACGAUCACCAGAGCCGGUGCAUUGGCGAGUUGUCAUUUAGAUCUGAGGUCCGCGCUGUCCGGCUUCGGCGUGAUCGUAUCAUUGUGGUUUUGGAGCAGAAGAUAUUUGUAUACAAUUUUGCGGACCUGAAGCUGUUGCAUCAAAUUGAGACGAUUGCCAAUCCCAAGGGGCUUUGUGCUGUGUCACAGGUGUCGGGUUCACUUGUUUUGGUUUGCCCAGGGCUGCUGAAGGGUCAGAUUAGGGUUGAGCAUUAUGGUUCAAAACGAACAAAGUUUAUCAUCGCUCAUGACUCGAGGAUUGCGUGUUUUGCACUUACCCAGGAUGGCGGAUUGCUCGCUACAGCUAGCACCAAGGGCACGCUGGUUCGGAUAUUCGAUACGUUGGAUGGGACUCUUAUUCAAGAGGUACGUAGGGGUGCUGAUAGAGCAGAGAUCUACAGCCUAGCUUUCUCUUCUACUGCACAGUGGCUAGCCGUGUCAAGUGACAAAGGCACAGUUCAUGUCUUCAGCCUCAAGGUUAAUUCAGGAUCUCCAGGAAAUGAUAAUACACAAAAUGUAUCUGGGCCCAAUAAUGCUUCCCCAUCAACUGGUUCAUCACUGUCUUUCAUUAAAGGGGUGUUGCCAAAGUAUUUUAGCUCAGAAUGGUCAGUUGCACAAUUUCGUCUACGUGAAGACUCUCAGUACAUUGUUGCUUUUGGCCAUCAAAAGAAUACGGUUCUUAUUCUUGGCAUGGAUGGAAGCUUGUAUCGAUGUCAAUUUGAUCCGGUGACUGGUGGUGAGAUGACUCAACUGGGAUAUUACAACUUCCUGAAGCCAGAUGAUACUUCUUCCUAGACUAGAGCUGAAGGCAUGUUUUUAAUUUUUAACUUUGGCUUUUUUAGUGUCUUUUAUGAUUUUAUCUUUCUAAAAUCUCUUUUUGGGACUGAAUAAAUUGUACAUAGCUUAGUACAGGUGGGUGUCUCUGGAAUGUAGAUAGCGAAAAAAAAAAAAAGGAGAGAAAGGCAUACAAAUAAGUAUUUUCUGUUAACAGAGGACAUGAUUGUAUAUUGUAUGUCUGGACAUUGUAUACCCAUGGUAACCAUCCAAAAGAAAUACUGUGUUUUCUGUGAUUA